AGAAGUGCUCCCAAACUGAUACUCACAGAGAUAACGCACAUUUAAGCGGCACCCAAACCAUCCAACUACGUAUAGAACCCCAUGCACAGAACGCAGCGAUGUCCUGCAUCAACUAUCCGUCUAAUUAUCGGGUAAUUAUGGAAACACCCAUAUCCACCAUCAGUAAUCAGCCAACAAUAGCGGAGCAGCCGUUAACUCCGGUACAAUGUUCCUGUCAACGAACUUUCCAACAGCAAAACCAACAUCAUCAAUCGUCAUAUCCACCGCCGCAGACUAMGCAGUCAACACAACAGCCGGCAAAUGCAACGCCGCAGCAACAAAUACAACAAAUACAACAAUUGCACCAACAGCAGAAGCCAUCACUUCAACAACAACAGCAGCAGCAAAUGCAAUUGUAUCAGCAACAACAACMACAACAGCAAUUGCAACAGUUUGUAAACUGCUUAAAUCAACAGCCUGUUGAGCAAGCUUCGGCCAGCAAAUCCAGUCAGCAAGAUUCGCAAAAUUCACAAGCUUCUACUGUAACAACAGCCGGUCUUUUCAGCAAAGCCUAUUGCAUUCGCUCGACAUCAGAAUCAGGUGGCCAACUAAGCUGUCGCUGCCCAUUUGAAAUUUCGAUAUCCUCGGCACAUCCACCRGCAAGGCCGUCUUUUGAAGUACGUUUACCUAGUGGCAUGGCGUCGUCAAACUAUAGCGGUAGAAACAACUUGAGUGAAGAAGAGUUCUAUUCUCUGAGUUCGGCAUCUUCAGAUCGGGAUGAUUGCAUGCCAUCGGCAGCGAUCAAAGGAAAAGCUAAAAGUGGUAGUAAAACAAAGAAUCGMUUUGCAGACUGCGAAUGCCCGYCAUCAGUACAAGAGAAUAAGACCAAGGCGAGUGCGAACGCGAACGCGAACUCGAAUCCUCCACGAAAUGUAGCUAUACUGCAAUUGCUGCGCGAAGUCGUACAGUUAAUCAAUCAGGGUGACGAGAACGGUACUGGCUGUGGUUGUGGCGUUGCAACAACGAAAAUGCGCAAUAUCGGCGCACUUGGUUCAGAAGAAUCGAUGGCCGAUAAUGGUCCAUUCAAUUCYGGUUUUAAAAUAACAUUCACACCCAGCCGUAAAGGUACCAGUCCAAAUCAAUCGAUUGCUCAUUCGGAAAURUCUGAGCCACAACCUGUAGGUCAGCCCGUUAAUAUACCACUACAGUUGCCAUGUAAUCUCAUAAUCACACCAAACUUACUAACUUGUGCACCUUGCUCACCAUGUGUACCUUUGUCUAAUGUGGSAWUSCCACCGCCRCAGAAGAUGCAAAUCACUGCUGGAUCCGAAGCGCCCAUAAAGUCUUUGAAGAAGGUAAAGGUUGGCGAAAAGAAUACAGAAGGCUAUUGCGGCUCUAAGGGCAUGCCCUGUGGUUGCAUAGGCGAUCUGGAGCUAAUCGAAGAGAUAGCGACACUUGCGCUCGCUGCAGACCCCAAAAAUCGCACUGAACCRUCUAGUCAGCCUUGCGAGGAAGAUAGUCGAUAUGGUGCAGGCGCAACUUUUGAUAUUAGUCCGAUUGUAUGUGGCAAGGGUUGCCCUGAAGAAUGCACCUGUAAGCAGCCAUGCCUUUGUCCGGUACACGGCUUCUACGAACCGACUACCAUGCUGGAUGACGAAGAAUGCGAAUGCAUAGACGUCGAUGAUACUGGAAUAGUCACAGAACCGAGUCAAUCGCAGACCCACGUCUCGGCCGCACCAUCCGCCACUGCCAGUCAGCGUACGAACCAAACGAACAAAACGAAGAGUGAUUGUACCGAAUGUAGCUGCUGCCAUUGUCAGGCGAUGCGUGACAAACAAAACUGUUCCACCAUUGCCACUCAGAAUCAGGCCAAGGAUCAAUGCAGUUGUAGUGAACUACGAUUCUUUAUCGAUUCCAUAAUAAUGGAUCUGGAUGCCAUGGAGCAAGCGCGACGCAAGAAAAAUGCCGAACAGAAUACAACACCCACACGUGGUAGGAUCUGCCCGCGUCAAAGCUUCCCCGUUACAAUCACAGAAGUCUCCGACCUAGGCAUCUCUUCGCUCUACGUCAAAUGGGUGAUUCACGACUGCUGUGGAAUUGGCGGCUAUGAGAUUUACGUCGACGGUUAUUUAACGAAUCGUUAUUUCCACUGCAAUCACGAAGCUGCUGUGAUUUGCGAUAUCGAUGUAACGAAGGCGCACAAGAUAGUGCUAGUUGCACAGCCGAAGCAAGCCGACUGCAGCUGCGGUGACAACAUGGAGAACAAGUGCAARGAGUUGAUGCGUAAGGGCGAUGCCGAUAAAAUGGACAAAACGAACGUGCCACCUUCGGCACUCUGGGUGCCCAGCAUUUAUUUAUACGAUCCUUGUGACAAACGGGAGGGAACGCCGAUCAAUCGCCCCAACCUUUGAGGCACAUAUUUUUUGCGGUGGUUAUGUGCGCGUGGCUUUGUGCGAUAUUUGCUGGCAGCUACAGAUUUUGUAAUGAACAAAAAUAAAUAAUUAAUAACGGUAUUUACGAAGGUGGAAAGGAUGAAGGGCGCGCAUAUUUUGGAAUGUAGCAAAAGCUGCAUGGAAUAAAUAUCAAAAAAGAAAAAUAAUAAUMAUAACACAAAAACAACACAAACGCCUAAAAUAGGGGGAUUUUUAAAAUUUAAGGUUCCCGUUAAAAUUUAAAAAUAGAAUGACGUGAAAUGCUAGUCAGUGAAAAUUAAAAGUUAAAACUAAAAAAAAUCACAAAUUCGAAAUUGAGCGCAAUGAAAUUAUAACUGCUUAUAUUGUAUACAUAUAUAUGUAUGGCAAUUGCCGUUAGUUAUUAGCAGAUGUCUAAGCAGACAGCGGCUUGAYUUAUUGAAAAGGCGAAUGCACUAUGGAAUUCGCAUGCCAGUUAUUAAAAAAAAAA